UAGAUCGUAUAUUUCUAAAUCAAUCAAGUUUGCAGUAGAGCUUGCAUAUAAUAUUUGCAAAUUCAGUUUAUAAAUUGUGGAUAUUCUGUCAAGAGUUUUAUUAAUAAUGCUUGUUUUGAUUUUGUAUUGUUGACAUUUGCUUUUUUGGCGUGGUCCCGCAAUUAAUAAUUAAUUUUGUUAAUUUUUAAUUAAUUUUUUAUAUUCAUAUAUUAACGACCAGUUGUGAUGCUGGUGAAUUUCAGGCUACAUAUUAACUUACCCAGGUUGGUAAUUGGUCGUAUUAUUGAUUCAUAUUUUCAUAUAUUAACGAGUUUAAGCAAUGACGCAAACAGCGGUAUCUCGCAUAUAAAAUUAUUAAUAGUUUAUGUGCAGAUUUAUUAAAAUGUAUGAUUCAUUCAACAGUACAACUAUUAUUUUCGUUUUAAGAUCAAUUCUACCCAAACAACGGAUGCAUGCAGUGUAUCAAUAUGAUAUUAUUCAUUGAAUUAAGACGCUCAUUUCCGGUUGCAUUUGCUAGCUGUACAAUAAUACAUAUGAAAUAUACCAUAUGCAUGACUCGAAUGAGUAAAGGAUUCCAUGUUGACUAUAUUACCGAUAAAAUUACUGAAUGACUUUAAUGAAAAAUCUGAUCAGUCGUAAUUUUUCGUCCUGAAAUCAUUGUUAGGGAAAAGUUUGUAGAACAAAAUGCAUUUUUCUAACUCUGCGGAAACAAAUUAUAGAAGAAGAUUGAGAAGUAGAAAUGGAGAAAGUAGCUCCGCAGAAGGGCAGACGAACUUUUCUUCCUAUUUCGUAUGGAUUAUCGUCCUAUUGAUUGCCCUUCUUUUUAUAUCCAUUGGAAUUUCUGUUGUGGCAUGGAACGAACUGAAAAAUUUGAAAACCGAUUUGGAAGCUCACAGCUUAGCGUUGACUGAGAAAUUUGAACUCGUUGCUGAUAAUGCUACCUCGUUAGUUGAUGACCGCAUGGACCAACUCGAACUUGCAAUGACCGACCUCAAGAAAUUCGUGAAGGCAGCAAGUCUCAAUAAGGAACCGAUUCAGGGUCCAAUCGGUCCCAGGGGCGAGAAAGGAGAACUGGGAUCACCUGGCGAAAAAGGAGAUCGAGGUUUCUCAGGAAUACCAGGACUUCCGGGGGUUGAUGGACGUCCUGGAUUGGAUGGUCUUGCGGGGUUACCAGGCCUUCCAUCCCCACGUGGACCGAAAGGAGAAAUCGGAGACCGUGGACUUGAUGGGUUGCCAGGAAUGAAGGGAGACAGAGGCUCACAAGGACAGAAAGGAGAACCAGGAAAGGAUUCUGCUAAUUUCCUACUUCAAGAACCCAAUGAAGUGGAAAGUGGGGAUGCAAAUAUUCUUAAAAAUGUUUCAUUUUUGGCACGCAACCUUCCGCUGGAAACAACUAUCUCUAUAAUUUCUGCAGAAAACACCAAACUUUCACCUACAACCCCUAAGACGCCGUUUUUUAAAAAGAUGGUGAAAGCAAUCAGAGAUGGCUGAUAUUGAUGCACAUACAAUUUAUUACGAUAGUAUAAUUUUUGUACUAAUGUCUUAAUCAAUAAUCUAAUGGCAAAUGUGGUGUAUAUGUAUUUAUGUACUUGUUAAAAUAUAUGAUGGUUAUUUAUAA